AGUUGCAAAUAAUAUUGAACAACAAAAAUAUGCUGUAUUCUCCCGUUCAGAUCUUGGGCCUGCUUUUGGUCAGUUAUGUGAUUUAUAUAUUGUAAAUAAUAGUUUGUUAGGACACUAUCCAUUUAACACUUAUCCUGAAGUUAAAAUGAUCUUCGAUAGUGGUUCAAAUGUUACAGAAUUGAUUAUAGAUUAUGAAAUAUUUCAGACUACUCAUAUUUUCAAUUAUUUACCGUCUAUUGCCCUGGAUAGCAGUUUCAGAGCAAGUUCAUAG